CGCACCCUGCGCCAAGCCGCAGAGAGCAUGACGCCCGCCGUGCUGCGCGGCUUCAAGCGCCACGCUGUGCGCGGCAUGGAGUGGCCGGCGAUGCUGCUCUCCCCCAGCCCCGACGACGCGGUGGAGGGGAUGCUGGUGUUGGGCAUGCUGGAUUCGCAGCGGAGGGCGCUGCAUGCGUUUCAAGGGGGGUGUUUGAUC